UCGCGAUAGAGAAAUGGUUCACAAGAACGCAUCUCAAUACCAAUUGAUUGUGACGAGCUACGAAAUUUUGCGAAAAGAUAUCGAUUCGUUCAAGAUGAGCUUCAACUACUGCGUGCUUGAUGAAGGGCAUAUCAUUCGAAACCCCAAUUCCAAAAUUACCCAAGCUAUCAAACAUAUUCAGUGUAAUCGCCGAUUGAUUUUAACGGGGACGCCUAUUCAAAAUAACGUGUUGGAGCUUUGGUCUCUAUUCGACUUUUUAAUGCCAGGAUUUUUAGGGACGCAACAGCACUUUACCGCAAACUACUCAAAGCCGGUGAUGCUGUCUAGAAAUGCGAAGGCGUCCACAGAAGAACAAGAGAAGGGAAUUAUGGCGCUGGAAGCGUUGCACCGACAAGUUCUGCCAUUCAUAUUGCGCCGACUGAAAGGAGACGUAUUGCAAGACCUGCCUCCUAAGGUUAUCCAAGAUGUGGUUGUAGAGCUGUCACCGUUACAGUCCAAACUCUAUAGUGAAUUCCUGAAAAACAAUCAAAUAUUCGGAGAAAAUACAGAAUCCCUGCAUACAUUCCAGGCCCUACAAUAUCUGCGCAAAUUGACCUUCCAUCCAAAACUGGUCUUGAAUACUAAUCAUCCAAGCUUUAAGUCGCUCGUGAAAGAACUCGUGGAACAAGGUACAUCGCUUGACGAUAUAUGCCAUUCGGCGAAAUUACUAGCGCUCAAGGAACUGCUGCACAGCUGCGGCAUAGGAAUCAAAUCUGAGGCUGAAAAUGAUGUGCUCGAAUUAAAUGUUGUACAAAGCCGCGUACUCAUUUUCUCUCAGUUGAAGCAGACACUCAGCAUCGUUGAAAACGAUUUAUUCAAACGCCACAUGCCGACGGUCAGCUAUCUCAAACUCGAUGGGGAUGUGCCUUCUAAUGCGCGCAUGUCCAUCGUCGACAAGUUCAAUUCUAACCCAUCAAUCGAUGUAUUAUUGCUGACUGUGAGCAUUGGAGGUUUGGGAUUGAAUUUGACAGGCGCCAAUAUUGUCAUAUUUCUAGAACACGAUUGGAAUCCACAAAAUGACAUCCAAGCUAUGGAUCGCGUCCACCGUAUAGGACAGAAGAAAACAGUAAAUGUCUACAGGCUGAUCACGAAGGACACCCUCGAAGAAAAAAUUAUGAGCCUGCAGAAGUUCAAGUUGAAAAUUGCAGAUACCGUUGUUAACAAGGAAAAUCAAAGCUUCCAAAGUAUGAGCACUCAUCAACUUCUAGAUCUUUUCGAAUACUCAGAAAAUGAGAAGAAAUCCAAAGUCAAGCAGGAACAGGGCAUUGAAGAUUCAAUAAAAGAUAUACCAGGAAAAACCAAGAUGUCAGGUUUGAAGGCUAUUCUUGCCUCCCUUGAGGAGUAUGAUGAACAAAGUAAACUCGCGGAAGAAUAUGACUUAAACAAUUUUUUGGCAAAUAUUAACACAGGCUACAAAUAAAAUACCUGUACUGAAAAUACACUUAUAA